GUAGCCCCGCUCCCCCCGUCUCUCGGGCAACGCAGCGGCCCCGCCCCGCUAUGGCGCCUGAGGAGAGCGCUGAGGCUGCGCCCCUGCUGCGAAGUUUCGAGCGCCGCUUCCUGGCGGCGCGCGCCCUGCGCUCUUUCCCCUGGCAGAGCCUAGAAGAGAAAUUAAGGGACUCGUCAGGUUCUGGGCUGCUGCUGGAUAUUUUGCAGAAGACCGUGAAGCAUCCUCUGUGCGUGAAGCAUCCACCGUCAGUGAAGUAUGCCUGGAGCUUUCUCUCAGAGCUCAUCAGAAAGCACGAAGCUAUCCACACGGAGCCUUUGGACGAGCUGUACGAGGCGUUGGCGGAGAUCCUGAUGGCCGAGGAGCCCACCCGGUGCCACCGGAGCUACCUGCUGCCCUCCGGGGACUCUGUCACGCUCUCCGAGAGCACGGCCAUUAUUUCCCACGGCACCACGGGCCUGGUCACGUGGAACGCUGCGCUCUACCUGGCGGAGUGGGCCAUGGAGAACCCAGCGGGCUUUGCUCACAGGACUGUCUUAGAGCUUGGCAGUGGAGCCGGCCUCACGGGCCUGGCCAUUUGCAAGAUGUGCCGGCCCAGAGCAUACGUCUUCAGCGACUGUCACAGCCAUGUCCUCGAGCAGCUCCAAGGGAACGUCCUUCUCAACGGCCUGUCAUUGGAGCCAAAUGUCACCGCCCUGGCCCAGCACCCAGGACACGACACCGCCGAUGCAGAGAGCCCCCGGGUGACAGUGGCCCAGGUGGACUGGGACGUUGUGACGGCCCCUCAGCUUGCUGCCUUCCAGCCGGACAUCGUCAUUGCCGCAGGCCUUCACCCUGCUGCCCAUGUUGGCACAACCCAGAGGCCUCCAUCCUGGGGUCCUGGAGGAGCCCCUUCCAGUAACCUGGGGUUUUCAUCGCAGAUGUGCUGUAUUGCCCAGAAACUGUCCUCUCCCUGGUUGGGGUCCUGCAGAAGCUCUCUGCCUGCCAGAAGGACCAGCGGGCUCCUGACGCCUACGUUGCCUUCACCAUCCGCAACCCGGAGACGUGUCAGCUGUUCACCAGGGAGUUGGGCCGGGCUGGGAUCCCGUGGGAAGAAGUGCCUCGUCACGACCAGAAACUGUUUCCCUACGAAGAGCACUCAGAGAUGGCAAUUCUGAAACUAAUGCUGUAGAUUUAAAAAUGGUUUUGAAGAAUAAUGUGAAAAUUAA